UUUUUUAAUUUUGAGUAGUUGUGGUUUCUCCUUUUAAAAUGCUUCUUCGGAUUUGCAUGAAGCUAUCAGUAUUCAAGAAUUACAAAGAGAAAAUGGAAAGACGGUCGGUUGCUAGAGCCUUGUUAGACAUUGUUUGUGAAAAGAUAAAAUUUUCAAAUGACACCAGCUCUUACCCAGCUUUUUACACGGAGCCAAUUAUAGAAGCUAUAAGGCGAGAUGCAAGCGAUGUUGUAGAGAAAAUUGUCAAUUGGUUUCCAAGUGCAGCUAUGGUUUUCGAUGAAGAUGGUAACAACAUUAGCCAGGCUGCUUUUAAGAACCGUGCGUCCAGGGUUGCUGCUCUAGUAAUUAACACAUCUAUAGCUAAGCAUACAAGUCUCUCUCAGAAAAUCAAAGACGACCAUUGUGGGAAUAAUUUCCUGCAUUAUGUUGCAAGAUUAGGGCCUUCCAAGAAACUCAAUCUUCUAUCAAGUCCCCCUUUCCAGUUGCAGCUUGAGUUAAGAUGGUUUAAGUUAGCUCAGGAAAAGGUGCCUGAAGGCCUCAUGGAGAAAAACUGUUUUGGAGAAACACCUGAAAUGGUAUUUACAAAGGAGCACAAGGAGUUGUUGGUUGAGUGUGGAAACUGGAUGAAGAGUACUGCAAACUCCCACGCACUUACUGCCACAAUAAUCAUCACAAUCAUGUUUGCCGCAGCAAUUACUGUACCAGGAGGAAAUGAUGAAAAAAAUAAAGGAGUCCCAAAUUUUAACGGCAAACCUGCAUUCAUUGUAUUUGAAGCGUCGAUUGUUAUAGCCAUGGUGACAGCAUAUCUUUCUAUGUUAUUGUUCUCGACAAUCCUGAAUGCUCGUUUCACGGAACAGGACUUCCACAUCCGUCGACCUCUAGCCUUGAUGGUUGCUUCGGUGAGCCUAUUAUUGUCCGCCAUGUUCUCUAUGGUGGCCUUCGGGGCAGCAUUGUCCCUUAUUUUCGGGAUGGAGAUUCCAUGGGCUCUUGGUUUUAUAGCUGCAUUGAUAGGCAUACCCAUGGCGAUUUCAUCCAAUUUCUACUCUAAUCUCCUCCAUGACUGGAUACAUAACGAGAGUGAGUUUUCGAGUAUUACUUUUUCCGGCCGUCUCAAUUUGUUGGGUCGAAUCUUAAUUUGAGUAAUGCCAUCAUCUCAUAUCAUUAUGUAAUAAUUAUA